AUGCGUCCUCUAUCGUUGGCAAGCGCAGUCGGUGGUGAUGGAGUUGCAUCUCCGGAUGCCUUAGAGCCUAUCGCCAUUGUGGGUUUGGCGACCCGCUUCCCCCAGCAAGCCACAGGCACAGAACGCCUGUGGGAGAUGCUGCUGCAAGCUCGCUCAACAUGGUCCGCUAUCCCCAAAGAUCGAUUCAACUCAGAGGCUUUCUACCACCCAGACCGCGAGCAUGGAGGAACAUUCAGUGCCGAAGGAGGGCACUACCUCUCGGAGGAUUCGGCGCUUUUCGAUGGCUCUUUCUUCAACAUCACUAAGAAGGAGCUCUACACAUUAGACCCCCAACAACGACUCGUGCUGGAGAACGUCUACCAUGCAUUAGAGAAUGCAGGAAUGCCGAUGGUCAAUACUGUGGGCUCUAAUACAUCGGUGUUUGUCACAGGGUUUAAUCACGACUAUCUCAGGAUUCUCGAUGCAGACGCAGAGAUUGCCCUCAAAUACAGGCCCACCGGAACAACAAACUCACUACUGUCUAAUCGAGUCAGCUGGUUCUUUGACUUCAAGGGUCCCAGUAUGACUAUUGAUACAGCUUGCUCCAGCAGCCUGGUGGCUUUGCAUCUGGCCGUACAGAGUCUGCGGAGUCGAGAGUCGAGUAUGGCGGUUGUCAGUGGCGUGAGCAUUCUGGAGUGCCCUAAUGAAUUUAUCGGAAUGAGCUACACUGGCCUGCUAGGGCCCCAAGGUCGAUCAUUCAGCUUUGAUUCUCGUGCCAAUGGUUACGCGCGGGGCGAGGGAGUUGGUACCGUCGUCGCAAAACCCUUACACGCUGCCAUCAGAGACGGAGAUACUAUUCGUGCAGUGAUUCGCGAGACCGGUGUCAAUCAAGAUGGCCGGACUCCCGGAAUCACCGUUCCCAGUGGCGAUGCCCAAGAGCGUCUGAUCCGUGAAGUUUACUGGAGAGCCGGGUUGGACCUUGAGCACACGAGGUUCGUUGAAGCACAUGGCACAGGAACACGCAAAGGCGAUCCUAUUGAAGCUGGAGCCCUUGCGCGGGCAUUUAAAUGUCGUCGAGAUACCCCGCUGUAUGUUGGUGCCAUCAAAUCUUCCAUCGGGCACCUGGAGGGUGGAUCUGGAGUGGCAAGUCUCAUCAAGUCCAUUCUGAUUCUUGAAUCUGGAAUCAUCCCGGCAAAUUAUGACAUGCAAUCUGUCAAUCCUUCCAUCCCGGCGGAGGACUGGAAUAUUGCAUUUCCCACUGAAAACACUCCGUGGCCAUCAUCGGGCUUGCGAAGAGUGUCGGUCAACUCGUUUGGAAUCGGAGGCACCAAUUCCCAUUGUAUCAUUGAUGACGCCUACCAUUAUCUCAAUGAUCGCCAUCUCCCAGGUAGCCAUUGCACUGUGAUUACACCACCAACGGCCCAGAAAAUCAAAAGUCGGCUUUUAGCCGCGACUCGGCUUGAAAGCAGCUCAAUUGCUCACACUCAAGAUCAAUCGGAGGAUAGUGACAACUCAGAAAAUAGUGACCUGUUCGCGGGCACUCCUAUAAGCGAGUGUAACUGCGAGUCACCGCAGUUCAGCCUGUCAACAUGUACCGAUUUGAUUGACCAACCCAAGUUAUUCUUGCUUUCGGCCUUUGACGAAGAGGGCGUCAAGAGGAAUGCCUCCGCUCUGUCCCUGUAUCUGGAAAAAAGAAUGAACAGGACGUUUGUCAAUGAUCAUAUUCUUGAUGAUCUGUCCUUCACUUUGUUCAAGAAACGAUCUGUCUUUCCUUGGAAGAGCUUCAUCAUGGCUUCUUCCGUCAAGGAGCUUGCGUGGAACCUAUCUGAGAACAACUUCGUCAGACCUUCGAGGGUGACCAAACCCCCAGAAUUGCACUUUGUGUUCACUGGACAAGGAGCUCAGUAUCAAACGAUGGGCCGCGAGCUCAUGAGUUACUCCGUUUUCCAAGGCUCUGUGGAGGAUGCAUCUGACUACGUUCGUCGACUGGGUAGUCCAUGGUCAUUGAUCGAUGAGCUUUUGACCGAGAGGGAGUCUCCUCGAGUCAAUUUACCAGAAAUUGCUCAGCCACUAUGUACGGUCUUGCAGAUAGCUCUGGUGGAUCUCUUGGCUAGCUGGAACAUCUUCCCUACUCGUGUGACUGGACACUCGGCCGGUGAGAUUGCAGCAGCAUAUUGCGCUGGUAAAAUCUCCCGUGAGGCUGCCUGGAAAGCGGCAUACUACCGCGGCUACACGUCAUCCAAACAGCUCUCUGCCAAUGGUACAAUGAUGGCCGUGGGACUAAACGCGUCGCAGAUCGAGGGCUAUAUCAAGCUUGUGCAGGAGAGCCAAACUGGUGAACUCAUCGUCGCUUGUCACAACAGCCCUCAAAACAACACAGUGUCAGGCGAUGAAGCCCUGAUUGACAGGCUCAAGGAAAUGCUCGAUGCCGAUGAAGUUUUCGCCCGAAAGCUCAAUGUCAAGAAUGCUUAUCACUCUGCUCACAUGAAGGUAGUUGCUGGUGACUACCUCACUCUAAUGGGGACACUCCCUGAUGGAAAGCGACUGGUAGCUCCUCAAAAAGUGCGCAUGUUCUCUACGGUCACCGGGGAAGAGGUCAACGAAGACCACUUGGUCUCUCAAUACUGGGUCGAUAACAUGGUGUCUCCAGUCCGUUUUACAAGCAGUUUAAGCUCGAUGAUUCCCAGAUCAAGCCCGGUUUCUGGGGAGUCUGACUCCGAGUCCUUACAUCUCAUUGUGGAAAUCGGACCUCAUUCCACUUUGCAGAGUGUGAUCAAAGAGACACUCACAGCCAGAGAUCCAAAUUUAAAUUUCAAAUACUUUGCAGUUCUGAAGCGGACGGAGCGAAAUCUCAACACGCUACUUAGUACUGCUGGAUCUCUGGCCUUGAGUGGUCUCACCUUGGAUUUCCAUCUCGUGAACCGAGCCACCGAUUCUGGGAAGCGAAGGCGAUCAAAGCUCUUAGUUGACCUGCCAUCGUACAGCUUCAAACAUACGGAGAAGAUUCUUUAUGAGGGUCGGUUGAGCAAGAAUCUUCGAGCUCGGAAGUAUGCUCGUCAUGACUUGUUCGGUGCUCCCAUCACGGAUUGGAAUCCCACAGCUCCCAGAUGGAGACAUUUCUUCAGACUGCAUGAGAAUCCUUGGCUGCGAGACCAUAUGGUAACUGGAAACUGCAUCUACCCAGGUGUAGGAUAUUUGAUCAUGGCAAUCGAAGCAUCCAGACAAUUGGCCGGCGAUGCUAAUGUUGCUGGCUUUCAGUUACGCCGAGUUCACAUCAAAAGAGCAAUGAUCAUACCGGACACCAAAGAAGGAAUCGAGGUUUCGCUGUCAAUGUCCACCGUGGAAGACGCAUCGUCUGAGUCGAGGACAUGGCGGCGAUUCCAGAUCACCUCUUACAAUGUCUCGAGUGAAGAGUGGACAGAACAUUGUGUUGGUCACAUCACAACUGACUACAAGAACGCUUCGGAUCCUGUAGACAAUGGCCGUGAAACAGAUGAAGAGAUCCAAUCAUGGAAAGCCAACCUCACUGCUGCGGAACAAACUUGCACCAAAGCCAUCAAUUUCAAAAACACAUACAAUGAUCUUCAAACAUCUGGUCUCAACUUUGGUGAUUUGUUCCGAAAUCUCGAUGAUGUCCGAGCUACUGGUGUUGGACUUGGAAAGAUGGUUGGAUCAGUGACUGUCCCCAAUAUCCAAGCGUCCAUGCCAAAGCAGUUCAUUCAUUCUCACCUAAUCCACCCUGCAACAAUGGACAGCAUGAUCCAUAUGAUGAUUGCAGCUCUUCUUGACUUGACUGGGCAAACCACGCUCGACCGAGUUCGAUUGCCGACUUUCAUUCGUGAUGUUUGGAUUUCAGCAGAAUUGACUUCGACUCCUUCGCAGAGGUUUACCGGAUAUGCCUCUGUGCGUCACUCUCAGUCCGACAAAUGUGAAGGCCAGAUUCGAAUGCUGGAAGAAGGCUCCAACGCCCAUAUUCGCAUGGAUGGCAUCGAGCUCACUCCGUUGGAGUCGGGUCUUGCUGAGAACAAUGAGAGGAAGGUGUGCACUACGAUUGAAUACAGGCCUGAUAUCCAUUUCCUGGAGUCGGAUGCUGCCCGUGAAUUGACUUCUCUAGCAGUGACUGAUGAUGGUGAGGACCUUUACUGGGUGAAACGUCUCCAGUUAGUGACCAUGCUCUAUGUCACCGAUGCGCUGGCUGCAUGCAAAGGUAUCAAUGUACAAGGCCUUGAUCUGCAUCUGCAGCGGUACUUUGACUGGAUGAAGCAUCAGAAUGAGAAAUUGAUCCGAGAUGAUAUCAUCCAUCUACCCUACCACGAAUUCCAAGCAGUUGCUCAAGAUGAGGCCUUGAAAGAAUCUAUCAGCCAAGAAGUUGAGUCUCACAAUGCUGAAGGCGCAAUCACUGUACGGAUGGGCAGAAAUAUAUCUCAGGUCCUCAAAGGCCAAAUCGAUCCCUUGGAUCUCAUGUUCGGUCAGGACUCCGUGAUGGAACAGGUCUACAAAGAAGGCCUUGAUAUCUUCAAUCUUCCACAGCAUCUGCGAACUCACCUGUCUCUCCUCUGCCAUCAACGCUCUGAGCUGAACAUCCUCGAAAUCGGCGGUGGCACUGGUAGCCUGACUGCUGAAGUUCUGGGUAUUCUCUCCCCAGACCCAUCAAAUGGCAAAGGAAACAUUGCAAACUACACAUUCACCGACAUCUCAUCUGGAUUCUUCGAGAAAGCCAAACAGCGGUUCCAGUCAUGGUCGGAUAUCAUGACUUUCCAGCCACUCAACAUAGAACACAGUCCCUCUGAGCAGGGGCUUGAACUGGGAAAAUAUGAUCUGAUAUUCGCUGGAAAUGUCAUUCAUGCCACGAAGGAUCUGCAAGAUGCAUUGCGGAACUUGAGAUCUUUGCUCAAGCCGGGUGGCCAGCUCAUUAUGCAAGAGGGUAUUCGGCAGGAUUUCCUUUGGUACCCGGUUGUUUUCGGUCCGCUACCUGGCUGGUGGCUGGGUGAUGAGCCGUGUCGCCAAUGGUGUCCGUACAUCAAGACCGAGGAGUGGAACGAGUACUUAAAAAAAGUGGGUUUCUCGGGUGUGGACAUUGAAUAUCCCAGUUCAGACAACCCGGAUCUGACUUGGCAGAGUAUUCUGGUCGCUUCGAACCCUGCAGCUCCUCGAGAAGAGCCAGUGACAUGUGCAUUGAUCGUGACGACUCUAUCCACCGACGAGUUUGCUUUGUCCCUCCAAGGAUCUCUGAAGAAGGCGGGAUACAAUCGUGUUGACAUCGUUUCCCCCUCGGAACUUGAUGGGGUCGUGUUUUCAAAUGCUCUUUGCGUAUCUCUCGUCGAUUUGGAAUGCAAUUACCUCAAUGAGAUGAAUGAAGCUCAAUACAACAAUCUCAAAAAGUUGUUGAAUGAGCCUGAGAGCCUGCUUUGGGUAACUGAAGAUCCUGCAACCAAUGCGCAUUCAAACAUGAGUAUGGGUCUGCUUCGCACAGUGCGUUGGGAACGAGACUCAGAUGGCUCUAAUAUCGUCACCUUGACUGUGCCACAGAGGAAUCAAAUCGAGUUGGAUCAAGCAUCACUUGUUGAUGACAUCCUCAAGAUCUUCCUCGGCUCACGGUCCUCGAAGCUAUACCCCACGCUUCAACGGUUCGAUGAAAUUGCCUACCCCAUUGAGCUACAUAAAAUUGCAGCUGGGGGUGACGGGUAUCACUGGGUUGCAGACCCCCAGCAUCAAAUGCCAUUGGCAGAAGAUGAAGUUGAGAUCGAGGUCCGCGCAGUGGGUUUAAUCUCAGAUGCUGCGGGCAACUAUUUCUCUACCGAAGCUGCUGGAGUGGUCACGAAGAUUGGGCCCAAAAUUGAAAAUACGCUUCUCGGCGACAGGGUUGCUUUCAUCUCUUCUCCUUCAAAGGGGGCUCGCUGCCGGACACACGAGCGAGUGAGUCACUCCCUGAUUGCGAAAGUCCCGGAUGGUAUAUCGUUUGAAGUUGCUGCACAGCUAGCUUCGGUGUUUGCUACAUCUGUUCAUGGACUCGUCCAUUGUGCCGCGCUGUCUGCAGGGGAUACUAUCUUGAUUCACAAUGGUACAUCAGCCAUCAGCCAGGCGGCAAUUCAAUGUGCCUACUUAUCUGGGGCCAUUAUCUACACGACUGUUGGGACUGCCGAAGAUCGAGACUUUGUGAUCUCCAACUACAAAAUCCCCGAGCAACAUAUCUUCUCGAGCAGAGAUCUUGCAUUUGCCAAGGGGAUUCUGCGAUGUACAAAAGGCACUGGAGUUGACGUGAUCUUCAACACAAUGACCGGCGAGGCUCUUCGAGAGACCAUUACUUGUCUUGCUCCUCAUGGAACAUUGAUCGAUGUCUCAACCAGGGAUGCACGAACUGACACCGCAACUGAUCUAGCCCCCCUGUCACAAAAUGCCAGCAUUCACAAAAUCGACAUGUUGUUAAUGACCGAGUCUCGUCCGAAAAUGGUUCGCAAUCGACUGGAAACAGUCUUCAAAAUGUACUCCGAGGGGGAGAUCAAUCAGAUUCAGAAAUCUGCUGUCAUGAGCUUUUCCCAGAUCAAGGAAGGAAUCCAGGAUAUUCAGAACGGAAGAUUGGCGAAGGUUGUUCUCGUUCCUAACCCUUCUGAUCUGAUCUCUGUUGUUCCAAAGCCGACUACGCCGUACCAAUUCGACUCCAAUGCCACGUAUGUUCUUGCUGGUGGCUAUGGGGGUCUAGGUCGUAGUCUUGCAAGAUGGAUGGCAUCCCGAGGUGCAAAGAACUUGAUCAUGCUGUCGCGCUCAUCGGCUUCAAGCCCUGAGAAACGGCAAAUGGCUGCUGAUCUUGAGAAAUCAGGAUGCAGGAUCAUCGAUCAUGUCUGUGACAUUUCAGACAUUUCUACCUUACAGGCAUUAUCUGGUGAACAAUUCUCACAUCUGCCACCUAUCAAAGGAUGUAUCCAAGCAUCUAUGGUUCUAAAGGACGGCCUCUUCGCCGGAAUGUCCUUCGAUGACUGGCAAAUUGCCAUAAGACCCAAAGUCCAAGGCUCCUGGAACCUCCACACCGUCCUACCAGACAACAUGGACUUCUUCCUCAUGCUUUCAUCCGUAGCAGGCAUCCUCGGAAACCGCGGCCAAGCCAACUACGCAGCCGGAAAUACCUUCCAAGACGCCCUAGCAGCCUACCGAGUCAACCAAGGGCUCAAAGGCUCAAGCAUCAACCUCGGCAGUGUCUCGAAUGUCGGCUGGGUCGCAGAAAACAGGAACUCCAUGCGCACGCAUACAGCUACAUUAUUCGAGAUGCUUCGCGAAGACGAAGUCCACGCCGCCAUUGAAUUCCUCAUUGAUCCGCACAAUCAUCCAUCGCACCAGCUCGUUCUGGGUCUUCCGACUGCGGAAAUUUGUCGGCAGAAUGGGGUUCCUUCGCCUACCUUCUUGGAGUAUUCGAUGUUUGAGCAUUUGCGGAAUACAACCGCGGCUAGGAGUAGUGUUGUUGAGGUGAUGACUGUUAGUACGGCUGCUCUGUUGGCGGCUGCUGAGGGUGAUGCGGUGAUGGUUGUUUCGAAUGGGAUAGUUGAGAAGUUGUCUUCGUUGCUUGCUAUGCCGGUUUCGGAAAUUGAUGUUCUGCGUUUUGGGUUUGGGGGUAUUGAUUCUCUUGUUGCGAUGGAGUUCCGGUACUGGAUUGUUAAGGAGCUUAAAGCUGAUGUUUCUUUGUUAGACAUCAUUGGGUCGGAGAAUAUUAAGGCGCUGAGUGGGAAGAUUGUUGAGAGGAGUCGUUUGGUUUCUGGAUCUGCCUGA